AUGCAGUUCACUACCCUUGUUGUUUCGGCUCUCGCUGCCGCCUCUGCUGUUGUUGCCGCUCCCAUGACGAAGCGCGCCGGCGGUCAGGGCCAGGCCACCUACUUCUACCAGAACGGCAACCCCGGUUCGUGCGGGCAGUGGAACAGCGACUCUACGCCUCUGGUCGCGGUUAACUCUGCGCAGAUGUCGGACGACCUUUGCGGGCAGACGGUGUGGAUCCAGGCCAACGGCAAGACGAUCUCUGCUGUUGUUGCCGACACGUGUCCUACUUGCGACUCGGGCUCGCUGGACCUUUCGACGGGUGCUUUCGAGCAGCUCUCGGGUCUGGAUGCUGGCGUUGUGCCCAUCACCUGGUGGUCUUGA